AUGAUUAAUGUAGUUGAGGCUAUUGAUUUUAGGAUGCAAAAAGAAGCCCUAAAUGCAAGUUUUAUAAUAUGGAAAUAUAAGUCAUUAAUAUAUCAUCAGCUAUUUAUUAUAGAAAGACUUUUUAGUAACAUCGAGGAAUUAAUUCAAAAGCAUUUAUCAUAUCGAAUUAUUGAAGAACUUAAGAAUCAAAUGUGUGAAUCAGUUCUUUAUCAAUGUAAAAAAAUAGAGAUCGGUUCUACUAUUGAAUUUAAUGAGGAUCAGUUAAAACAAAUAGUAAAUCAGAAAGAGUAUAACGGCAAAUUCAAUGAAAAUCAAACGGCCGUCGAAGAUUAUUAUGACUUCCAGCAAACAUAUUUAAAGGCAUUAAUGAAUUCUGUUUCGAAUAAUACAAUUAAAGAAGUCUGGCAAAUUAUUCCCUACAUGGCACCAAACUCAUAUCAACAUAUUAUUUUACUUGAUGAUAACAUGCAUUUAUGUACAUGUUUGCUUCUGGUUUCAUGUAGUAUCAUUUGUCGACACUAUUUUAAGUUGAUGGUAGAAAAUCCAAGUGCAUUAUUUCACGUAAUGCUAAUGCCAACCAGAUGGUUUCAAAAUGACUCAUGGGAGCAUUUGGAUCUUAUUUCUAAAGAACCGUUUAUUGGAUUGUCAUCUCCAAAAUCUCAGGAUAAAAAUAUACAACAAAUUGUUCCUAAACAUUUCAACAAUAUUCAGGAAACUGAUAAUGAUCAAAAGAAUUUGAAUGAAUUUAUUUUGUCUUAUAUUGCAAGAAAGGAAAAAAAGCAAGAGUCUGAAGCUCAAUCAGUAAUUAUUGAAGAUCAAACAUUAAAUAAUGAUAAUAUUGUAAGACUAGUUGAUGGUCACAUAUAUGAUGCAGAUGAUAUUCAAGAUCCAAUUGCACAUCAGAGUAAAGGUAGACCUGCCACUAAGUGUUUAAAAGCUUUUACUGAAGAAAAUAAUAAAGCAUCCACUAGCAAUACAAAACAUGCAAAUAGCAGUAAUAGAGAGAAAGGAAUUGAAGUAUCAAGU